AUGCUAUCUCUUUCUAUUCUUCUCCUUCUAGCCUUUGGGCUAGUCUGCUCUGCGCACCCGCUUGAAAAGCGACAGUCAAGGCCAACCGAUUCUUUCAAGUUGUAUGCCUAUGGCCCAGGCAUUAGCGGACUGCCCGUCUUCUACAGGAACGGUACAGCCGAAGUUGCAGAUGCGUCGAAAGUAGACACAACCACAAUGGCCGCAAUGACCCCAGUCAACUUCACCGCCUCCAGUGACAACACCUGGGUUGCACAUCCCAGUUCCAGCACUAGUUCCACCGAGGGCUUCAGCACCAUCUCGACCAAUACGAACAAGCUGUGUCUAGACCGAGGCAAUACGGACUCCAAUCCAGUCGGAUUCACCGGCACAUCCACGACGGAGCAGUCAAACACAACCAAGCUCAGCAACGUGUGGUCCACGUACGGGGGGUACGUCCUAGUCACCGUGAGCGGGGCCAACUUUUACGCGAGACCAACUGGUACCGAUGGCUUGUACUCUCUGCUUUGGAGUAGCUCGGCUGAGGCAAUGACGGAUACUAUACCGCUAGUUCUGCGGACUGCUGAGCCGGCGACGGUAUCUGUACUGACCUAG